CCUUGGCACGUUGCACUGGGUCCCUCGAGGGGAUGAGGACCUGACCCUGCUGCCUUCUGGAUCCUCCUCGCGAAGCCCCUCUCCCUGCUCUCCUGCCCCCGGAAGUGCAGAGGCCCAGAAGCAGUCGACAGGGAUUAGCUCCAGGAAGGACUUGCUCACCUGCUCCUCCCCUCUGACUCAAGUCAUAACAAGUAACCUGGUUCCCCUGGCCCUGCAGCCUGGGAGGGACGGACGGCAGCCUGGGAGGGACGGACGGCGGCAGGCAUUGCCGCAAGCUGGCACCCUGACUGCAGGGAGAGCACAGGGUGGCUGCCUGGAACCUGGGAACUCCUGAGACGACAUGAGAGGCCCCUCGCCCCCAUGACCUUGGAGCAGGGGUGUUUCCUGAACUGAACUGAAGCCCAUAAGCAGCUGGGGGAACUCCAGGCUACCUACACAGCCUGGCCCAGGCUGGGAACGGCGUCUCCCCUCCCUGCUCUGCGACCCCUCCUCCCUGCAGUCCGCCAUGGAGAGUAAGGAUGAGGUCAGCGACACCGACAGCGGCAUCAUCCUGCAGUCUGGCCCCGAUAGCCCGGUCUCCCCGAUGAAGGAGCUGACCCAUGCCAUGCGAAAGCAACAGAGGGCCCUGGAGGCACGGCUGGAGGCCUGCCUGGAGGAGCUGAGGAGGCUCUGCCUGCGGGAGGCGGAGCUGACGGGCACCUUGCCAGCGGAGUACCCCCUCAAGCCGGGGGAGAAGGCCCCCAAGGUGCGCCGUAGGAUCGGAGCGGCUUAUAAGCUGGAUGAGUGGGCCUUGCACCGACAGGACCCCCUAAGCAGCCUGGAGCGCCAGGUGGCCCUGCAGCUGCAGAUCACGGAGGCGGCCCGGCGGCUGUACCUGGAAGAGAACCUGAGCAGGCAGGCGCGGCGGCAGCGCAAGCAUGCCAUGCUGCAGGAGGAGAGGAAGCUGCAGGAGCUCCAGCGCGGCCUGGGCGAGCGGAGGCGCAACAGUGAGCCCCCACCCAGCACUGCCCCACUCUCCCUGGGCCCAGAGCUCAGUGCCUCGGACGACAGCUCCCUGUCAGAUGGGCUCCUCCUGGAAGAAGAGGAAUCCCAAGUGCCUAAGCCUCUCCCAGGGUCCCCGGCCCCACCUUCCCGGCCUCUCCCACCCCAGAGCCUUGAGGGACUGCAGUCAGCAGGACCUGAGACAGGGGGCCUGGAGCGAGCCCCCAUCCAGAACAGCCCCUGGAAGGAGACCAGCCUCGACCAUCCCUACGAGAAGCCCAGGAGGUCUUCUGAGCCCAGUAGCGAGUCCAGCAGCCCGGCCACCACGCCCCAGGAUGGGCCCAGCGCCCCCAGCUCCUGGCUGCCAGAGCCUGUCUCCUACCACGUGGUUCCCGUGGUUCCUGUCCGCAGUGUUCCCAGCCAGCGGCAGGGUCGCACCAGUGCCCCAGCCACUCCCGACAUGCAAGGCAGAAGGGGCCAGUCGCAGUCCCUGAGGGUGGAUUCCUUCCGCGUGGUCCCCGAGGGCCGGGGUCGCAGCGCCUUUCCCCGCCGCCGCCCCACGCACUACACGGUGACAGUGCCAGACUCCUGCUUCCCUGCGACCAAGCCUCCGCUGCCCCCCGCUGCCUGCCACUCCUGCUCGGAGGACAGCGGCUCCGACGUCUCCAGCGUCUCCCACCCCACCUCGCCGGGCAGCAGCAGCCCGGACAUCUUCCUGCGCCCUCUGUCCCCGCCGGAGCUUCCUCGCCACCGCGGGGGCUGGGCGCCCGGCGAGUGGGAGCGGUGCCGCGCCGCCCUGGGUGCCACCUGCGAGGCGGACGGCGCUCCCCUGCGCUACCAGCGCCUGGUGGCCUCCCACAGCCGCAUCGUGCGCACGCCCUCCCUGAAGGACAGCCCCGCGGCCGGCCGCGGGCUCAGCAGGGCCGCCGUCUCCGAGGAGCUCAAGUGGUGGCACGAGCGGGCUCGUCUCCGGAGUGCUCGCCCACACUCGCUCGACCGCCACGGGGCUUUCCGUGUCAGGAGCCUGCCUCCCGGGAGAGAGAGCUUCGGCAGAGCCCUGGGGCCUCGGACACAGGUGCCCACAGUGUGUGUACUCCGGAGGUCGCCCGAGGGGACCCCAGUGCAAGUCUUUGUGCCUGAGAACGGAGAGAUUAUCAGCCAGGUGUAGCCCAGGCCGGGGUGGCUCCGCGCCCCAGUGCCUUGGCCCCACUGCCGAAAGGACUGUGUCAUGUGGGGCCGGGCUGAGACCCUCCUUGCCCACCCAAGUGCCUCCUUCAGCUCCUCCACCCCCAUCGCAGGUCGAUGACCUGGAGCUGAGACCAUUUAUUAUUUUUUUUAUACAAGUUUUUUUCGGAAAGCUUUAUUAUCUGUGGUUUGUCCUCAAGACCUCUGUACUCUGACUGCUCCACCCCCAGAGAGUGGCCCACUGGACUUAAGUCCUUGCCCGUCUGGCCGGCAGCAUCUGUCUCCUUGUGUACAAGUUUCGGGAUGUACGAGGCAGAGAGGACGUCCUCGGGGACUCUGGAUGCCUGUGCUUCCCUGAGGACAGUUCCGCUGCUGGAACCUGGAUGGGGCUCACAUGUGCACGUCACUUUCUGGAUCCCUGAGCACCCUGCCUGGGCUGGGCGCAUCUUCCCCUCCCAGUUGGUGGGAAAAGACCAGCGUGUCCCAGUGGAGUUGUCUUCCUGGACCUGCUGCUUUCUUGACCCGGCAGAUCCCCUUUGGGGGCCCCAGUCACAACAGCCUCUCUGUGCCCUUGUGGGCUCCCAGAAUGCUGAGCCUGGGGUCUGAGGCUUCAGCAGAUGGUGGCCUCAGGAGUCUGGGCUAAGGGCCAGCCUGUAGUGAGUGGACAGCCGCCUCUGGGCCUCUCGAGGGCUGCACCCCCACGGUUCCCUCUAGCAUCUUUUUGUUGUUCUACAAGCUAGUGCCUUGCAAAUACGGGACAGUGCUCCUCGUGUGUUCGGAGGGGAGGUAUGGCAGGUGCUGCCCACACGGCUCUGCUUCUCCGAGGACGUCUGUUACACCCAGAAUACCCCUCAGCCCUGGAGAGACACUGAGUUCUCUUGGAGGGCAUCGGUUAAUAGUUCUGGCAGUAGAGUUUGGCCAAGUCUGGAACUACCUGUGUGAAGAUCCCCGAUGGCCCCCAGUCCUUGUCCUAGGGCCUUCUCUGUGGCCACCUCAGAUACCCAGGGAGGAUCCUACUUCUGAAAGCAACUGAGCCGGGGCCUGGAGGAGUAGGGAGGGCUGAGAACCGACCACCUGUGGAACUCUCCCUCCCAAGUUCCCUGGACUGGAACAUGGCUAUGAAUAUAGUGGAAGGCUCCGGAACUUUGCUGCCUGACCCUGAAAAGACGCUGCCCUCACACCUGGGAAGAAAGCCACGCAGCCACUUGUAUGGUUGCCGCGGGAAGGAUGAGAUGGCCAGGAGCCUGGGCGCCGUGCCCACGGGGUCUCACGUGUCUUACACCAGCUCUGCAGCAGUCCCACCUUUGGAUCGGCACCCCCUGCUCCGCCCCAUUAUGUUUGAAUGCCCUACUUUGGAUGUUGUUUUCUUCCGGUCUGUCUCGGAAGCCCCUGUCCGCAGUGUGCAGCUGCGCCCCCACCACUGCACCCCAAACACUGCCCCAGUGUUUCCCUUGGAGCCUAGAGCUCUUGGGCUGAGUCAGGGGACCUCAGCACUGGCCUCCUGCCCCCCACCUGAGCAUCCUUUGUAUUAACUUAUUGGUCCUGUACAACGCCUGGUGCAGUUGCAGGGGGGCUCUGUCCGUGGCUGCAGGGCUGGAACUGUGGGGGGAGGGGGU